GCCACUGAAAAAAAAGUUGUUGAGCCUCGCUACUGCACGUCGAUAGAUACAUACUCGAGUUUGAUAGGAAAAGACGAGCGAAAAAGCACAUUGGCAUCAGGGAUCUCUAAUCUCCAGGAUCUAUCUACCACCCAACGCUAACCAUAGCGUCAACAAAACCACGGCACACUCUGAUACUCGAGUAUUGGCGGGAGGGGGCGCAUGUCGUUCAGGACACCCCAGAGGGCAAGCACGAGACACUGUGUUCUUCCCCCAUCAUUCCUCUACCUUUCCAUGCCUUCCCUCUCCUUCUCUUCUCCCCUUCUCCCCUUCUCCCCUUCUCCCCUUCUCCCCUUCUCCCCUUCUCCCCCUUCUCCCCCAUCCUCCCCCCUUCCUUUCCUAUCUUCGCUGGGCCUAUUACUCCAGCGUCGCUCGACCUGCCACUACCAUCUCCACCAUUACUAUCCGGAUUUCAAUCCCUCGCAUCAAUUUCUGGGGCACACCGUGCUGCAAACCUUACCAUAGAACCUCCCCCGCCCCCCUUACACUCUUCUGUUAGUCCUUCCGUGCGAAUUGCCCCACAACGUGCUCUCAAAUCAGCCUACUAUCAUCACUUUGAGCAUGUCUACCAAGCCAUCAUCUAUAAUUACCGCCUCGAAAAUAGACGAGCUGCCGAACAUCCCGCUAUCAUACAGUGUAGCGAAUUCUCAAACCUCCGCCUCACAGCUAAUAUAUACUCUUUUCCCAGAGUGGGCUCCAGAAAGAGGAGGCCGUGGUUUGAAGUUCGUGAGAUUUACUGACGGAAUUACGAAUACUCUUCUCAAAUGCAUUCAUAACCCGCCCCAAGGAAUUUCCUCGUCCGAAGUUAGAAGAAUUGAAGACGGCGAAUCUGUUCUCUUGCGUGCCUAUGGAAGGGAUACAGGUAUUCUAAUUGACCGUGAACGCGAAUGUGCUUCCCAUCUUUUACUCUCUCGCUUCAACCUUGCACCCGAACUUCUCGCUCGGUUCGCCAACGGUCUUCUCUAUCGUUACGUGCCUGGGCGUGUUUGCUCUGUUCAGGAGCUAGCGGAUCCUGCCAUCUCGAGAGCCGUUGCAACACGCUUGGGGGAAUGGCAUGGUGUACUUCCUACAAGUACUACGCCUCCACCGUCUCCUGCGUCCUCAUCCUCCGCCUCUUCCGGUGAGCCUGAUGUCACGUUGUGGACCGUUCUUCAGAAAUGGAUUUCUGCGAUUCCUAGCGAUACAGAUGAGGAGAAGGCUAGGAAGGAAUCCUUGCAAGAGGAGUAUGAGAAGCUACUUACCAGCAUUGAUGAGGGUGGGUAUGGCUUGAAAGGACUAGACGGGGGUGUUGGCUUAGUUAUGGGUCACUGCGAUCUACUCAGCGGCAAUGUUAUUAUACCCCCCCAAGAAGGUGGGCUCUCAGGUUCCCAUGAUGUAGUCCGGGAAGUCCACUUUAUCGAUUACGAGUACUCUACUCCCUGCGAGCGUGCCUUCGAACUCGCAAACCACUUUUCAGAAUGGGGUGGAUUUGAGUGUGAUUAUAGCCGCUUGCCUACACGGUCUGUCCGCCGCGAGUUUAUUAGUACAUACCUCAGUAGCUUUGAGCUGCACCGCUCAGGUGCAACAGCAGCAACCAUUAGCGCAGGUCAGAUUGAUGAUCUCAUGAAUGAAGUUGAACUAUUUAGAGGUAUCCCGGGCUUCUACUGGGGCGUUUGGGCACUCAUCCAAGCCACCAUCAGCCAAAUCGAUUUUGACUAUGCUUCUUAUGCGAAUGUCCGCUUGGCUGAAUAUUGGGCCUGGAAGGAGACGUUCGAAGAAAGGGCGGUUAGCACACCGCGUGAGCAAAGGUGGUCCCAGGAAUGACUAUACCCCAGAAAUCCUAGCGGCCGGUGAUGACAUUAUGAACAAAAAGCCUGAUCUAUGUUCCCUGUCCCUUCUUUUCUUCCUUGUGUUCUCGAUCUUAGUUCGCUAUGUUCGCGUUGAUUUUUUUUUUUUUGGAAACGAGUCGGUGUUUCAACAACAGUAAUUUCGACGGGAGAUCUUACGACUGUUUCUUUCUUUGUUGGCGUCCCCCUCUCCCGUCUUUUUUGCCUAUUAAUAGUUCUACUGCUUGUUUAUUCGGCGUACGGUCCGUUUUUUCAACUACGACGAUAACGAGCUCGUCAGAUGUAACGUACGGUAGUGGUUAGUGAUAGAUGUGGAAUUUAUAUACGAAAUUAUGGUAUUACA